AUGAGACGACGAAACAACGGUUGCUGCUGCCAGAGCAGCAAGAGGGCAGGUCGCAGCGGUUGCAGCGACCCGGAUGAAAACGAGUCGCCCGGAUGGUGUAUUUACGCGACGAUCGCUUUGGUCGCCGUUGGUUGUUACUUAAACGCGUUAGGUGGUGAUUUCGUGCACGACGAUAUACCCGCGGUGGUGAGAAACAAGGACGUGCUAGCCCAAACUCCGUGGACCAGUGUUCUCAAGGACGACUUCUGGGGCACGCCUAUGCACGACAUCAACAGCCAUAAGAGCUACAGACCGCUGACGACGUUAACGUUCCGGUUAAACUACUUGAUGUCAGGAUUAACGCCAAGCUGGUAUCACGCGACGAAUAUUGCCCUGCACGCUAUUGCAUGCGUUUUGGUCACAAGGGUGAGCCUAGCUGUGGCAUCGCUGCGUCCAGGAUUUGCUGCCUUGACAGGCUUGCUGUUUGCUGCUCAUCCUGUACACACUGAAGCGGUGACCGGCAUCGUUGGUCGAGCUGACGUCCUCGCGUGCAUCUUCUUCUUAUUGUCAUUUCUUGCUUAUCACGGCCAGCAGACGGCUUACGUGUGGAGCAGCGUGGGCCUGGGGGCGCUGUCGAUGCUUGCCAAGGAAACAGGCAUUACUGUUUUGCCUCUAAACCUUCUUUACGACCUCUGUCGCUCCUGGCAUUCAAUCAAGAGGUCUAUCUUCGAGGCAAGAUGGAAUGACGACUCCAGACACUUUUCCCGUCGGGCUGCGGCGCUGCUUGUUUCGUUUGGAGUGCUGCUGGUGGUGCGUCUCGCCCUCCUUCACGGUGCCCUACCGAAGUUCUCGCCACAGGAUAAUCCGGCAGCUUUUCAUCCCUGUUUCCACGUCAGGUUAUUGACAUUUUGCUAUCUCGCGGCACUGAAUUGCUGGCUGUUACUAUGCCCGGCAACGCUGUCUCACGACUGGCAGAUGGGAUCCGUUCCUCUGGUCGCCUCAUUGGCCGACACCAGAAAUCUCGCCACCUGUCUGUUCUUCGGCGGCUGCUUGAUCCUAACCUACAAAGCCUUCAUGGACUUCGAGCAACAGAGGCACCCGCCUCUUCUUCUUGGUUGGAUGUUCCUGGUACUGCCGUUCCUGCCCGCAUCCAAUCUUUUUAUUACCGUUGGAUUCGUCGUCGCGGAACGUGUACUCUACAUGCCCAGUGUCGGAUGGAUCCUCCUGGUCGUGUAUGGGAUGCAAAUCAGCUGGACGGCCAUUCCUCGCAGAAGAAAUUUGAUCACGACUGGGAUCGUUCUGCUUCUACUCUUAGGAUGCUACAAGACGGUGCUUCGAAACAGAGACUGGACGUCUAGAGAAACUCUGCUCAGGGCGGGUUUGCGGUCUCUUCCCCACAACGCCAAGAUGCAUUACAACUUCGCCAACUUCCUACGAGACACGUCGCAACCGAAUCGUGCGAUCCUGCAUUACCAAUUGGCCCUUUGGCUGUGGCCGACGUACGCCAGUGCGCAUAACAACCUCGGAACACUCACGGUGGGUGAUCAAGCGGAGCAACACUUUUUGGCCGCCAUACACGCUCAGCCUAGCCACGUGAAUGCUCACUACAAUCUUGGUCAGCUCUAUAGGAAGACGAAUAGGACCAAGGAAUGUAUACGGAUGCUGCAGAAGUGCGUGUCUCUGGACCCAGCAUACGCGCCAGCCUACGUGGUACUGGCGAGAUUGGCAACCGGUCCAACAGCAGGGGUCCUUCUGCGACACGUGGUACGGCUGCAACCACGGAGUCCCGAUCAUCUCGCGGAAUAUGCUUCGUGGCUGUACCAGAAUGGCAAAUGGCUGCCCUCCCUCAAGUACUAUCUCAAAGCCAUGGAGGUCUCGCCGUCGCACAGAUCGUCGCUUCUGGGAACGGUCAGGAUACUGAGGUCGCGGGGUCAGUGGCCAAGAGUUCAUCAACUUAUCACCAGAUGGCACCUGAUGUUACGAGCGAAACGGGGUGGCCUCGUAUAUCGCGGGGAUCUUUACAUACGCGCGUGGCAGCUGCAAAGUGAAUCCCGUCGUCAGGCGCAUCAGCAUCAAGGAAAUAUUUGCCUGUCGGAGGGCGGCUGUUCGACACCGCGUGUCGCCAGCGUGUCAGUGCAGCUCGAGCAGGACAGCAACAAGUCGGAACAGCUGGAGCGGGCGCCACGUUGCAACGUACGUACCUGUAGACAGUCGAGAAAAGGCAAGGCACGCGUGACCGCUUCUGCACUGUUGGUCCAGAAUCUUCUGGAGACGCUCUAGCUCGCGGGACUGCUCGACUAACUCUCCGCCCCUCCCUUUGCUUCUCAUUCUCUCGGCUCCAACGAGAGCUGGACGAGUUCGUUUCCCGUCUGUUGCUCGUGGUCCUGACACCACCGAGUCGAACGUUCGUUGGCACACUUCGCUAUUUCCUGCGAAUCCUGGUCCUUCACGAUGCGAACAAAAGGGACAGAGGCGGAAAAGGUGGAUAUAAAUCGAGAGUGCCGUUGUUUCCGCGUCUUUUCACGUGAUACGCGGCUCGGUUUCGUUGCCAUUGACGAACAGUCGCGAGCUGGAGAGAGAUUCGAGGACUUCAGAUGGCGCUGCGUUUCGAACAAUUCGCGGUAUUGAAAGAUACCCUGCUGUGUGUAUCGAAGGUGUCAUGGAGGAUCGAAUGGCUGCGUUUCCUCGAGAAAGGACCAAGCGAGCUGUAUAUACGACGACCGGUUCUCCCAC